AUGUCUACUAACAUAACAAGUCAAACAGUAUUAGAUAAUGAAGAUACAUCAAAAAUUUCAGAAACAUUAAAUAAUAAAAUUAAUAUAGAAGGUACUCAAUCUAAUGUUUCAUUAACACAAACAUCUGAAAAAGAUUUAGAAAAUGAAGUAUUAACUAAUAGUAUGACACCAUUUUUUAAUCAAGAAGAACCAGUAACAUUAACAUGGAAUAAUCUUGAUGUAUCAGCUGGAUCAAGACAACUUCUUAAAAAUGUAAAUGGUUUAGCAUUACCUGGUGAGACAAUUGCUUUAAUGGGUGCAAGUGGAGCUGGUAAGACUACAUUAUUGAAUACAUUACUUGGAAGAAAUUUAAAAGGUUUAACAAUAAGUGGUAAUAUUCUAGUUAAUGGUAAUGAUAUUGGUCGUGGUAUUACAAAUAUAUCUUCAUAUGUUCAACAGGAAGAUUUAUUUAUGGGAAGAUUAACUGUUUAUGAACAUCUUUUGAUUCAAGCUUACAUUAGAUUACCAUCAAAAUUAAAUUAUAUUGAAAAGAAAAAAUGUGUUGAACAUGUAAUUAAAGAAUUAGAUCUUGAAAGUUGUAGAAACUCAAAAAUUGGUUUUUCUGGUUUUAAAAAAGGUAUUUCUGGUGGGCAGGCAAAAAGACUUGCUUUUGCCACUGAAAUUUUAACUAAUCCAUCAAUAUUAUUUUGUGAUGAACCAACAACAGGAUUAGAUUCACAUAUGGCAUCACAAGUUAUUAAAACACUUAAUAAAUUAUCUGUAACUACUAAAAAAACAAUCAUAUGUACAAUUCAUCAACCAUCAUCAGAAGUUUUUGAAUCUUUUAAUAGAGUAAUAUUUUUAGCUCUUGGAAAAGUAGCUUUUCAAGGACCACCAUCAUGUGCUAUAGGUUUUUUUUCAUAUAUUGGUUAUCCAUUUCCUUCUCAUUGUAAUCCAGCUGACCUUUUUAUAAUGUAUUUAGCUUUAGAACCUGGUAAUGAAGAUGAAAGUAUGAUUAGAGUUAAAAAAAUAUGUAAUAAAUAUCAAGAAUCAAAACAUUGUCAAAUAGUUAAUGAUAGAAUAGAAUAUCAUAAAAAAUAUCCACAUUUAACUGUUGAUAUGCCAAGACCACCAGGAUUAUUUAUAAUAAUUGUAACAAUGAUAAUAAGAUUAUUUUUAGAUCAUUUAAGAAAUCCAAGUUUUAUAAAAAUAAAAACUCUUCAAAAAACUUGUAUAGGACUUUUUUUGGCAUUUCUUUAUUUUAGAACAGAAAUGAAUCAAGAUGGUAUAGCUAAUUUUAAGGGACUUUUUUAUUUUAUGAUAUCAGAAACAACUUAUUCAACAGCCUUAACUGUACAAACAAUUAUACCAAAAGAUUUUUAUUUAGUUGUUAGAGAACAUCAUGAUGGAAUAUAUCCUGUUUUGGCUUAUUAUAUAGCAAGAAUAUUGGCUUUUUUACCAUUUGCUUCAUUUGAUAGUAUAGUUAUGUGUAUAUUAGCUUAUUUUAUUGCUGGUUUAUCACCAACUGCAUCAUCUUUUUUUAUGUGCCUUUUUGUGAUAGGCCUUACAUCAUGGUGUACAUUUGCUUAUGCCAUUAUGAUUAGUAGUUUAUUAAUAAAUUAUCCUUUGAUUGUAUCAACAUCAGCACCAAUAUUAGCUGCAUUAGCAAUAUCAGGAGGUCUUUUUAUGAAUAUAUCAACAUUUCCUAGUUCAUUAAAUUGGUUACAUCAUUUUAGUUGGUUUAAAUAUUCUUUUGAACUUCUUUUGAUAAAUGAAUUUAAUGGUAAACAAGAUAUAAAUUGUGGUAUAAUAAAUAAUGGAAGUUAUGAAAUAAAAGAAGGUAGUUGCCUUAAAACAGGUGAAGAUGUUUUAAAAUCAUUGUCAUUUUCAUUAGAUAAUUAUUCAUUUAAUAUUUAUAUAUUAAUUAUUCAUACAUUAACAACACUAUUAUUAGGAUAUCUUUUCCUUGUAUAUCGUGUCUUGAAAGCAAGAUAA